CUGCCAUCCAUCGCCUUGUUCUUUUCGUCUCGUUGAUCUGCUUCAUCCGGAGUUUAUACAAGGUUAAUCUCAUACACAAAACAGUUGCCCAUCAUGAGCAGCGCAGGCUACGACAGACACAUUACCAUCUUCUCGGACCAGGGUCGUCUCUACCAAGUCGAAUAUGCAUUCAAGGCCAUCACCGCAGCAAACAUCACCUCAGUCGGCGUCCGCGGCAAGGACUGUGCAGUAGUCAUCUCGCAAAAGAAGGUCCCCGACAAGCUCAUCGACCCCUCAUCCGUCUCGUACAUCCACAGAUUGUCGCCUUCGGUUGGGUGUGUCAUGACUGGUUCCAUCGCAGAUGCAAGAGCUUCGGUCAUGAGAGCGCGCGGAGAGGCCGCUGAGUUCAGAUACAAGAACGGCUAUGAGAUGCCUUGUGAUGUCCUGGCCAAGCGUCUCGCAAACAUCUCCCAAGUCUACACGCAAAGAGCAUACAUGAGACCCCUGGGUGUUGCCACGACGCUUAUCUCUGUCGACUCUGAGUUUGGCCCCCAGCUCUACAAGUGCGAUCCUGCAGGUUACUUUGUCGGCUACAAGGCCACCGCUUCUGGCCCCAAGGCGCAAGAGGCCAUGAACCACCUCGAGAAGAAGCUGCGAAACAAGAACUGUGCUGAGGGCAACUGGGAGGAGGUCGUUGAGCUCGCCAUCACCACUCUCAGCACAGUGCUGAGUGUUGACUUCAAGAAGGGUGAGAUUGAGAUUGGCAUCGUUGGCGGUCCCCGUCCCGAUGGCAAGGAGGGCACCACAACCGACUUCUCCACCCUGACCGAAGAGCAAAUCGACGAGCGCUUGAACUCGAUUGCUGAGAAGGACUGAACUUAACGACCUCCCACCUUCACGACGUCAUUUAAUUCAUCACAUGCCAUACCAUCGCCUUCGCCGACUCGCUUGCACACUUUGACUGCACAGCCAGCAGCGUAUUUUUGGUCCACCCAGCCCGGUAUGCAAGCAGCAGCCGGAAGCGUCAUCUUAUGAAUCAAGCUGUGUUAUUACCCUCCCGUAUCAAACCAUGAUUUCUUCUUCGUUUCGCUAAGUCCGUCGUGGAGCCCUGUUUUUGACACAAGUGCCGGCGCCGCCGGCAGCUCGAUGGUAGCUCUGACCGUGGCGCUCUCCACCCCCGCAAUACCACUGAAACGCCUUU